UGCAUGUCCUCAAUGUUUCGGUUUGUCAUUUUGUCUUGUUUUAUCAUUAAAUAAGACAGUUUACAGGAACUAUUUCAAAAUCGUUGGAUUCAAUAUUGUUAAGAGAUGAACGGUCAAGCCGAGGUGGAGGUGGAUUACAAGAGGAAAUACAAAAAUCUUAAACGCAAACUCAAAUUCUUGGUCUAUGAGCAGGAAUGUUUCCAAGAGGAACUGAGGCGCGCGCAGAGAAAGCUACUGAAGGUGUCCAGAGACAAAAGUUUUCUGUUGGACCGACUGUUACAGUAUGAAAGAGUGGAUGACGACUCGUCUGACUCUGAUGCCACAGUGUCAUCAGACAGUGAAGGAGAGGGACCCAGAGAAAGAGAGAGAGAACCAGGGAAAAAGAGGAGGAGUAGUCCUGGAGUUCCUCCUCUCCCCUCCUCAUCCUCUUCUUCCUCCACUCACCUCUCGCUCCUCCCUCGCUCUGCAGGGACUCCUCUCCAGACGUCUGCAUGCACUACGUCCUACCUCAACACAUUGUCUUUCCCUCCUGAGUAUUUGGCUUCUGCUGAACGUGUGAAGAAAGAGAGAAAACCUAAACCCCCCAAACUGAAGAGAGACCCUGCAGGGAAGGUGGUGGCUCCAUUGUCGUCUAAUUACCCAUCAGCCCCGGCGGGGGGGUCGGGAGCCUUCAGCUGGGUGCCGAGGCAGAUGCUGAGUGGAGACGCGGCGGAGGAGGAGGGAGAGAGCGAAGGAGAGAGCGACAGAGGAGAGGAGGAGAGAGGAGAGGGCGAGGAGGCAGAGCUGGUCAUCGACAUUCCCAACGAGUGAAGGAGAAUGGAUAAAUGGAUGCAGGUAAAAGGACAAGAUGUUGCCAUUUUUGACCGACAAGUUUUUUUUU